UCGCUACUGCAGCUCUGGACACGUCUCAGCUCUGCCCUACACAAUGCGCGACCGGCCACGAUCACAUAUGCUCUCUUCUUCAACACCGUGCGUCCUGAUGGCGCUUGCUGGGGUAAAUCAUGGCGUCCUGGGCUUCGUUUCCCAAAGUAUCGCACCGACGACCUCAGUACUGAGUACAUGCCGUGCUUGCCUCAGGACAUGCGGGACCGCCGCAGCUGCUGCAGGACUCUCCCAUCCAGCAGCCGUACGGCACGCUGUCAAGAGGAGGCGGUUUGAUAGUGCGCUUGGCUGUGCUUCUGCGGCCACUGGAACGAGCAGGCCGUUGGAGCUGUGGCUUGAUGCGAGAGGGGCAAAGGCAGACGGAGCCGUCAGCGAGUCGGCCCUCUUCCAAGACCAGGCCGAUACAGUACUGCGCGACGACAAUACGACUGGCAAACUUAGGUCGACGUCGAAAAGGAGUCUCGUUGUGAAGGAUGACGGCAAGCUCAUGGACGAGAAGGGCACCGUGGUGGGGGCAUCGCUGGAGGUGACAGACCCCAAGAGUCAGAGCAGAGCCCUCUCCCUCGUCGGCUCGGUCGAUUGGAUACAGGUGACAUGCUCGGAUUGGACCAUGAUACCGGCGGAGAACCUUGUUUCCGCCGCGGGAGGCACCCCUACUCGCAUCGCUGUGGAGCUGUCUGAGCCGUCCCAAGUCCAAGGCGCGGCGUUCGCCCUCCAGAUCGGCGUGGACGCCCUACUGCUAGGGCCGGACCCGGACCUCUGGGAAGCUGCCGUGAGUGCCCGAGAGCAGCGUGGCACCGACGGCCCUGCGACAGGCGUGCUUCCCGCGCCCGCAGAUCACGGCGAAGGCGGAGCUGGGGGGGGGUUAGAUGUAGUGGCGCUGUCUACGGGCAGGGUGACGAGGACGCGGGAGGGGGGGGUCGGGGACCGCGUGUGCGUGGACCUGAUCCAGAGCCUGAACGCCGGCGAGGGAAUGCUCGUCGGUUCGAGCGCUAAGAUGCUUGCCCUGGUGCACGCCGAAACUUUCGAGACCGGCUUCGUGCCCGCCAGGCCAUUUCGGAUCAACGCCGGACCCGUCCACUCUUACGCACUGCUUGGGGACGGGAGCACCAAGUAUCUCUCCGAGCUCUGUGCCGGCGACCAGGUGCUGGUGACCAACUGGAAGGGGGAGUCGAGAAAGGUGGCGAUAGGACGCCUCAAGGUGGAGACGCGUCCGAUGAUCAUGGUCGAGUUCCAAGGCGAGGGCGGGAGCACGGGCCAGCUAUUCCUUCAGCAGGCAGAGACUGUGCGGCUCAUCAGCCCGACCCAACCUGAAACCACCGCCGAGAAGAAUAGCAACGAAUCCGAGUCAGAAGCAGACAGCAGUGGAUCGGGGGGAGGCUGGGUGCCACUUUCGGUAACCGACAUCGAAGGGGGCGAGGACCUGCUGUUGCGGGAGAUUAGCCGAGGGACGCACGUGGGGAGGGCUAUAGAUGCUGUGGUCACGGAGACAUGA